CUCAAAUUUGUGCUCGACCACGUUUUUACCGAGGGGGCCACGCAGGAGGAGGUGUUCCAGCACACCACGCUCCCUCUGCUGGACGCCCUCCUCGCUGGCUACAACUGCUCCGUGUUUGCCUACGGUGCUUCAGGAGUCGGGAAAACCCACACCAUGGUGGGCUCCAAGAGCAGCCCUGGCAUCGUGCACCUGGCCACGGUGGAGCUGUACAAGAGGCUCGAGGCCAUGAAGGACAAGAGCUGGGAGGUCCUUGUCUCCUACCAACAGGUGUACAAAGAGUGUGUCUACGACAUGCUGGAGCCCGGGAGCCCACUGAACGUCUGGGAGCAGCCCGGGAAAGGAGCUGUGGCACAUGGCCUCUCCUUCCACAAGCCCACGUCAGCAGAGCAGCUCCUGGACAUGUUGGCCAAGGGCAGUAAAAACCGGGCACAGCGUCACACCAAGGCCAACGCCACCUCCUCCCGCUCCCACGCCAUCUUCCAGAUCCAGGUGAAGCAGUGGGACACCGGUGGUGGCCUGGCCGGGGACUCGCUCGUGGCCAAGCUGAGCUUCAUCGACCUGGCGGGCUCGGGGCGAGCGUGGGACACACCGAGCCGGGGACAGGGGCUGCGGGAGGCCACCAGCAUCAGCCGCUCGCUGCUGGCCCUCAAAAGCGUUGUCCGCGCUCUGACCGGAGCCAAGGGCAGACAGAACCACGUUCCGUUCCGGGACAGCAAACUGACUCGCCUGCUGAAGGACUCUCUGGGCAGCAGCUGCCGCUGCACCGUGAUCGCAGCCGUGAGCCCCGCGGCGCCCGCCGGCCCCGACACCUGCAACACGCUCCGCUUCGCCAGCCGGGCCAGGCACAUCCUGCUGCCGCUGCAGUGCUCCGGGAUGUCUCUCUGCAGCUCCAGAACAGACUCCCUGCUCGAUCUGCAGUCCCAGGCCAGUACACCAAGUCCCCUGCUGCAGGAGCUGUCUGGGCACCAGGAACAGAACCUCUGCCCUGAUGAAAUGAGUGUGAAGACAAACGAAGUGGAGGUCCUGGCCCUGGAGGAGUCCAUAGGGUCGGUGGAGGCCUUAGGGCUGGAGGAAGCUUCUCCUCCCUGUAGCCCCACAGAGCCCAGCGAGGCUGCCCCAGCCCCGGGAAUGCAGCUGAGCUGUGCCGCCGAGGCCCCUGUCACCAUGCCAGAUCCCGCUGUGCCCAGCCCCGACCCGGAAUGCUUCCAGGAGCUCUCUCCGUGCUCCAGUUCCAGGUCGAUGUCUCCCGGGCCGGUUAAGAGGAUGCUCGAGUCGAGCAGAGAUUCCCAGUCAGAAAAUUCCCGCAGUUCCUCCCGACCACGGAGGAAGCGCCAGCAGAGUCCUGGGAAGGCAGCAGGGACUCCCCAGGCAGCGCAGAGCCCUCCUGUGUCCCCGGGGCCGCGUUGUGUCAGCCUCCAGCCGUCCCCGCCGGGCACCCCAAGCCCUGGCACCCCGGCAGCAGCGGCUGCACGGAGCCCCAGCUCCCUCCCCGGCCCGGCUCCAGAGCUGCUUCCCCCAGGCGCUGAGCAGGAGCAGCCAGAGCUCCGGGCAGCCCUCCCGCAUCCAUCCCCCAGCACCUCUCCCAGCGUUCAAACUCCAAACGCCUCCAGUUCCUCUCGCCCCCGUUCCUCCUGCAGCCCCGCGAGCAUCCGCUCCUGCCCCGCAAUGCCCUCCUGCCCCUCGGUGUCCUCCUGCCCCUCAUUGCCCUCCUGCCCCCCCGUGCCCUCCUGCCCCUCGGUGUCCUCCUGCCCCUCAUUGCCCUCCUGCCUCCCCGUGCCCUCCUGGCCACGGUUCUGGAGGCAGCUGCGUGCCCCUGUUCCUGUCCCCUCUGCUGGCUCAGUCCUGUUUGUGUGUUUGCAGGUUAUGGGUGGGUUUAGAGAAUAAGUUAUUGUGUUUUUAAUAAAUUGUUCCACUCCAAAUCCAAGGGCAAACAUGUGGCUGUUCUCUCCUGCCUCGUCGU